AUGAAACAGUCUAUAGUAUUAGCAAAUUUUGAAAAAAGUUCAGAUGAAAUAACAAGUAAAUGAAAACUUGAAUUAGAAUAUUUUACAAUUAAGUAUAGCAGUAAUUACCAUGUGAUCAGAGAAUUAUAAAAUUAGAGAAAAUUACUUGAAACUCCAUUAUUGUAAGCAAAAAGAACUUUGAGAUAACUUGAGUAGGAAAAUGAAAGCAUAAAAAGGAGUACAACUAGAUAGACAGAUCGCAUGAAAGGAACUUUUUCAUCUACAUUUACACGACCAAAUUCAUAGUUAGAUACUUUUGUAUAGAAUAAUCAAUGUUUAGAUAUAAAUGCAGGUUAGAUUUAACUUUAAAAUAUGAAAAUGAUAAUGGAAAAUCUUUAAAAAUAAACAGAAUCACUAAAUUUUUAAUUAUAUUGGGAUUCAGUUUUUGAAUUUAGACAAGAAUAAUAUCUUUAUUUCUUUGUUCGUUCAUAAACUUAAAAAACAUUAUGGGAAUGUAUAUUUUUAAGUGAUAUUGUAUUUUCAUUCAUAGAAUGUUAAAUUAAAGAGAAUUUAGUUUAAAAUAAACAGAAUAAAUAAUAAGAGAUGAAAGUUUUAAUAAAAUUGGUAGUUGAGAAUUUUGCAUUAUUUUUAAAUCAGAUGAUAAAACAUGCAAAAUAAAGGAAUUAGUUGGUUGAAUAAUUAUAAAAUAUGAUAAACUUGAUUUUGGAAAGGAAUAAUCCUUGUAUGAAUUUUGUUUAAGAAUUAAAAAGAAAUAAUAGUUUUAUAAGGACAAUAAUGGAUAAAUAAUUAUAAUAAGUGAAUGAUGGUAUUUAAGCAAUAAUAAUAACAUGCAGAUAUUAAUUAUUGCAUUUAAAUAUAUUGGAUAUUGGAAUAAGUAGGCCACAAUUAAGAAAUGCAAUAUAUUUAUCAACAAAAUAAAUAAAGAAUUAAGAAUAUUAAUCUCCUUUAAAGACUUUAUUCAAAGUAUCAAAUGUGAUUAAUAAACGAUAAUCAUAAGGGAGUGUUGAUUUUGAGGGUUGUCCAUUAAUAAGAUAGGAAUUAUAAAAACAAUUAUGUAUAAUAAUGGAUUUAGAUGAAACAAUGGGUCAUUAUGUAUAAUUAAAAUAUAUUCAAUUAUAUUUAGAAUGAAUAAUUAAAUAAAUUCAUUUCACGACCAUGGUUAUUACAAUUUUUGGAAAGCAUAAGAGUAUUUAGUGAGAUUAUUGUAUUUACAGCAGGAUAAUAAAAUGUAAUAAUUAAAAUAUUAUAAAGUAUGCAGAUAAUGCAAUAUCACAGAUUUAAUGUGAUCACUUGAUUGAUCAUAGAUUAUAUCGACAUCACACAAUGUAUAAUGGAAUUCAUUUUAUAAAGGUAUUGGUCAAUGUUUCAGAUAGGACUUAAGAAAAGUAGGAAGACCGUUAGAGAAGACAAUUAUUAUUGAUAAUACUCCAAUAAGUUUUUAAUUGUAAUAAGAUAAUGGAAUUCUUAUUUCAUCUUGGUAGGGAAAUUCAGAUGACAUCGAAUUAUUGUAGAUCAAAGAUUUGAUAAUUAAAAUAGCAUAAUCUAAUGUUACAGAUGUAAGAAAAGCAUUAAAAAAAUACAGAGAUUACAUUAGUAGAAACAACAGAUGA